UUGUGCUGGCACAUCGCUAUUGAAUAUAGAUCAGUCACAGCUCCACGAUCAGAGGCACAUUCUAGAAAAAUAUCCAUAUCCAGAUUAUUAAUUGUAUUGUUCUUGACCUUCCUCUGCUUAACUUUUGCUUUGCAAUAACCUUUAUUCUUUAAGCAAAGACCUAAUCUUUAAUUCCAAUUCUCUUUACUCUUUGUACAACUCCAUACACCUCAAUUUUUCCGGAGUCUAGACCUUUUCUUUUUUCUUUUAAUUUCUGAUUUCGUUUGCGAUUGAUAAUAAUAUUGAUUUUCUUGAAUCGGAACUCGUAAGUUGAAAUAGGAAAAGAAAGCGAGAUGGCAGAUGUGAUUAGCCAGACCAGUUUGAUUUUGCCGUGUGUUGGUCAUCAGAGUCGACAUGGGGUGGCGGUUUUUCCGAGUAAAUCGCCAAUUUCUUUAUCUGCUACGAGGUAUUCAUCUUUGAAACUCCAAAACACAGCUCUCGCAUCGUCUUCAUCUUUGGUAGGAACCGAAUUUUUCGCCCGUGGAAACAUCGGAGCCAUCAGACGAAAUCCUCGACCACCGCCUCCUAAUGCCCACGUGGGCUUUGCAAUUGGGAAAGCUCAGAAGUGGUGGGAGAAAGGGGUUCUACCUAAUAUGAAAGAGGUGACUGGUGCCCAAGACCUGGUUGACUCCCUUUUGCAUGCUGGGGAUAAACUUGUUGUAGUUGAUUUCUUUUCCCCCGGCUGUGGAGGUUGCAAAGCUCUUCAUCCCAAGAUAUGUCAAUUGGCGGAGAUGAAUCCGCACGUGCAGUUCCUGCAGGUUAAUUAUGAUGAGCACAAGGCUAUGUGCUAUGCUCUUAAUAUCCAUGUCCUUCCCUUCUUCCGCUUUUAUAGAGGUGCUCAUGGUCGUCUGUGCAGUUUUAGUUGUACCAAUGCCACGAUCAAGAAAUUUAAAGAUGCUCUGGCGAAGCACAGUCCGGAUCGUUGCAGCUUGUGUCCCACCAAAGGGCUGGAGGAGAAGGAGCUACUUGCUCUCUCAGCUAAUAGGGAUCUAUCCUUCGUCUAUGAUCCAUUACCUAAGGAAGAGCGACAAGUAUUUGUUCCUGAAAGGGAGAGGGAAGAGAUUUUAAGUGCAGUAACAUCACCAUUGUCUCAUGAAGCGAUACUCCCCCUCUCUCUUCCCCUCCCCCUUCCCCUUCCGCUUCCAUCCACUACUCGAUAAAGGCGACUCGAAACUUGAGGCACCUCGUCUUUGGGGAAGAUUGUUCAGUUAGUAUUUUAGGCGGCUGGAUCCAAGUGCCUUCCCUCAUGUACAGAACUCGAGGAAACUGAUCUUCUCCAGAAGAUUAUUCAGUCUUUUUAGGUGGUCAGAGCCCAACUUCUUUCCCUCUUUGUGCAGAUGUAUGUUAUCUUCUAGUGUAAAUUAUGUUGGUGAAGGGCGAUAAACAAACGAAAAUGCUAUAUGCAAGGCAUGUAGAUGUUUAAACCUUAUUAUUGCAAGCUUUGAGAUCUUUUUUUUGGGAUCCGAACUUGCAAAGUGGAAUGUAUAAAACAUGAACGUGCUGCGAAUCUCAGCUUUCUUUUAACGUCAAUGUAGUUCGAUAUUUCUACUGUA